GGAUCUUUCCAACGGUUAGAUUUUGCAUUGAACCCACUGAACGUGAUGUAGCAUUGUAGUCGGACUCCUAGGUGCAAUUAUUUGUAAUCACAUUCACAAAACGAGAGAUCCGCACCUCUAAAUCCAAAACGACGUGUGAGGCUAAGUUUACCGUUCUUUCUUAGUGGAAUAAUAUCGAUGUUAAAAAAUAUAAAAAAAAAUCCGAAACGACAACAACGCAAACUCCUGAAUCCUGAUCUGCUUGUCCGAUUGAGAAAACAGUCUGAUCACCACCACGGUGGGACCCUUCUUAUUCCACAUCCUCGCAUUCAAUUUCGAUCAUUUCAAAAUCUGAGCUCUAUUUUCGAUUCCAAACUGAAAAAUCCAUUCAAGGUUUGAAUCUUUACGUUAGAUUUCUCUGGAACAAUGUCCUCCUUCUUGUACCAAAGACCAAUCCACAAACCAUAUUCGAUCUUCAGCCCCACUACCCUCCUGGUCCUCCUCUCGCUCAUGGUGGUGAUGGGCGUCUUCUUCCCCUGGGUGGGAAUGCGGGAGAGCCUGUUCUCGGUCACCACCAGGCCGUCCAUCGCCAAGUGGCGGGACUACACGCUGGCUCAGGCGGCGUCGUUCGUGGCCCGAAACGGGACGGUGAUUGUUUGCGCCGUCAGUCAGCCGUACUUGCCGUUUUUGAACAACUGGUUGAUCAGCAUUGCCAGGCAAAAGCACCAGGACAAGGUGCUUGUGAUUGCCGAAGACUAUGCCACGCUUUAUAAGGUGAAUGAGUGGUGGCCGGGCCACGCCGUGCUUGUGCCGCCUGCGCCGGAUGCUCAGACUGCCCAUAAGUUUGGUUCUCAGGGAUUCUUCAACUUUACUUCCCAAAGGCCGCGACACCUGUUGCAGAUUUUGGAACUUGGAUACAAUGUUAUGUACAAUGAUGUUGAUAUGGUGUGGUUGGCUGAUCCGUUUCCCUAUUUCGAAGGAAACCAUGACGUGUACUUCACAGAUGACAUGACUCCAGUCAAACCUCUGAACCACUCUCACGAUCUGCCACCUCCAGGAAAGAAAGGACGCACUUAUAUCUGCAGCUGCAUGAUUUUCCUGCGUCCAACCAGUGGAGCAAAAUUACUUACGAAGAAGUGGAUUGAGGAACUUAAAGACCAACCAUGGUCCAGAGAAAAAAAAGCAAAUGAUCAGCCUGCUUUUAACUGGGCAUUAGACAAACUUGCUAACGAGGAGGAUCUCUAUCUGCUGCCGCAGGCAGCAUUCCCAACUGGAGGACUGUACUUUAAGAACAAGACAUGGGUGCAGGAAACUAAAGGGAUGCACGUUAUACUUCACAAUAAUUAUAUCCUGGGUUUUGAGAAGAAGAUAAAACGCUUCCAUGAUUAUGAUCUCUGGUUGGUCGAUGAUCAUGCUGAUGAGUCACCUCUUGGGAGAAUAUGAGAUUGACGGACAUCAUGGAUAUUUGAUUCCAUAGAACCUGAGUUCUAUUGAUGCUGCAGGACAUGCUUCCUACCAAUUCUUUUGACCUUCCUGCGCGGUGGUUUUUCUUAACAGACUAAGAAAGGGAAUCUAUGUUAGUGGCCUACUGUUCUAUGUACUGAUGGUUUCUUCAAAGCAAGGAUAACGUAUCUUGAACGAGGCAGUCAGUUUCAUUCACUCGUUGAUGUUUGGCAGCGAUUUCAGAUAGCCAAUACAACCAGGUCAACUAGCUGUACAAUUGGUGUUCUUGUUCUCAUUUGCUCUCAUUUUUUGACUAAGCUAUUUAUUGAAAUUCAUAUUUGUUCACAAACCUUUUCUGUGGUGUAACUUAACCAGUUAGUGUAUCGUCUUUUGAAAGUUCCAAAUACUUAUUACAUUGUUUCAGAAUAUAUAUACAGAGUUAUUGUGGAUGAGCAUAAAGAUGAGAAGAUUUGUUGA